UCCGCGGCUGACAUGCUUGGGCGUAUCGCUUCAGAGAAGAACCGCCAAGUGGUUCCUUCGGGACUCAGUGCUAAGAAAGAUUCGCCUAAGUGAAGGUGGGCUGGGUGAGCCCCUCUCUGCGGAGAGGCGCUCCGCUGGAAAUGACAAUUACCGAGGAAGUACUUCGUCAAUCGCCCGAGUAGAAGUGUCUAAGUUGGCGCAUGCGCAGUCCGUCCUCAGCCUGCCUCCGUAAGGGUGUCGAUUCUGAAGCUGGGAACAUUGGAAGGGAAAAAAAGCGAGAGAGAGAGAGAGAGAGAGAGAGAGAGAGAGAGAGAGAGAGACCGUAUUUAUCUACGCAAAAAAACAGCAAACAAACAAACGGAUGUGCUUCAGAAAACGGAACGGCUAUCGGCCUCCGGACCAUUUUCAUGCCAAAAUUGAGAGGUCCGCGGCCUGCGGGGGGAUGACAUGCAUGUGUCCAGGCUUUUAACAUCGUUGAGGAUUGUAAGACUAGUUGGCUGCCCUCCGCCGAGCCAUGAUGGACAUUCUGUACACAGGCCCUGUCCCGGCAGACCGCGAGUCUCCGAUGGCGCGGAGCGAGACGUCCCCGAGCCGGGCGCAGCGCUCCUCCCCCACACAACGCUCCAACGCCUGCUGCUUCUGCUGGUGCUGCUGCUGUAGCUGCUCAUGUCUCACUGUUAGGAGAGAAGAUGAGAACCGCGGUAGGAUGAAACUCCCGGAGACAAAGCUGGAGACCAUACCAAACUGUGAAGCUUGCACCAAACCGACGGUGGAGGAGAUGAAGCAGUGGGCUCAGUCUUUCGAUAAGCUGAUGAAGAACCCAGCAGGGCGGAACGUGUUUCGCGAGUUUCUGCGGACAGAGUACAGCGAGGAGAACAUGCUCUUCUGGCUGGCUUGCGAGGACCUGAAGAAGGAGAUCAACAAGAUCACCAUCGAGGAGAAGGCACGCGUGAUCUACGAAGACUACAUCUCUAUACUCUCGCCUAAAGAGGUGAGUCUGGACGCGCGGGUGCGGGAGGUGAUCAACAGGAAGAUGCAGGAGCCGACUCCGCACACGUUCGAGGACGCGCAGCUGCAGAUCUACACGCUCAUGCACAGAGACUCCUACCCACGCUUCCUCAACUCACCCAUAUACAGAUCGCUGGUGCAGGGGGGCUCACGCUCCUCCUCCGAGUCCUAGACCAUCACCCCUCCCCCACCCACCCCCAACACCAACCUAUUUCACUGGCCUC